UGAGAGCGAUCUCCGUAGAGGAUCGUAGCAAUGGGGAAAUGCUAUCCAACUGUUAGUGAAGAGUACCAGAAGGCGGUUGAGAAAUGCAAGAAGAAGCUCAGAGGAUUCAUCGCCGAAAAGCACUGUGCUCCUUUGAUCCUCCGCGUCGCAUGGCACUCUGCAGGGACGUAUGACGUGAAAACAAAAACUGGAGGGCCAUUUGGAACGAUUAGGCAUCCAGAGGAGCUCGCUCAUGAAUCAAACAACGGUCUUGAUAUUGGUGUGAGGCUCUUGGAGCCGAUCAAGGAGCAGUUUCCAAUCCUAUCUUAUGCAGACUUCUACCAGUUGGCUGGAAUUGUUGCAAUUGAAGUCACAGGGGGGCCUGAGAUUCCUUUUCACCCUGGUAGGCAGGACAAAUCUGAAUCGCCUCCAGAAGGCCGCUUGCCCGAUGGGAAAAAAGGUGCCGACCAUCUGAGAGCUGUGUUUGGCCACAUGGGUCUGAGUGAUAAAGAUAUUGUUGUCUUGUCUGGUGGUCAUACACUGGGAAGGUGUCACAAGGAGCGAUCUGGAUUUGAGGGACCCUGGACCACCAAUCCACUAAUCUUUGACAAUUCCUACUUCAAGGAAUUACUCAGCGGAGAGAAGGAAGGCCUUCUCCAGCUACCAUCAGACAAAUGUCUCCUUGAAGAUCCAGUCUUCCGCCCUCUAGUUGAGAAAUAUGCUGCGGACGAGGAUGCCUUCUUCGCAGAUUAUGCUGAAGCCCAUUUGAAGCUCUCCGAGCUUGGAUUUGCUGAAGCCGAAUGAAGGACUUGGAACUUGGAAGCAGAUCUCUUCUCUUGAUCUUUUCCUCGUCUCUCUGAAAGCUGUGCGCUGAAAGCUGUGCGGUGACGGACUUGUUUCUUGAGUGCUAAGGUAAAAUCUCACUUUAAGAGUUUCUCACACAUUAUUUUAUGCACGUGAGAGGGAUUGAUUAAUCAUGGUACAUGAUAACGUAUUUAAUAAGAGAUAUAGUAAAUUAUGUUUAUAAGGAACCAUCUUUAUAGGAGAGUGAAAUUUUUAUAUUAUAUUAUAAUUAUCA